GUACGUUCUUCCCAGCAGCCCUCGCGGUAGGGACGUCACCGGCGUCCUUCAGUGCAAACGAAGAUGGCGUCCGCCACUCGCUUCAUCCAGCGGCUGCGGAACUGGGCGUCGGGGCACGAUUUGCAGUCGAAGUUGCAGCUGCGCUACCAGGAGAUCUCCAAGCGAACUCAGCCUCCUCCCAAGCUCCCCGUGGGCCCCAGCCACAAGCUCUCCAAUAACCACUACUGCACUCGCGAUGGCCGCCGGGAAGCUGUGCCGCCCUCAGUCAUCAUGUCCUCCCAGAAGGUACUGGCGUCCGGCAAGCCUGCGGAGAGCUCGGCUGCAGCUGCCACUGAGAAGAAGGCUGUGUCGCCAGCCCCUCCCAUGAAGAGGUGGGAGCUGUCCAAAGACCAGCCUUACCUGUGACUCUGCUCCCAGGGCCGCCUGAGUGCUUCCCCUCCGUGUGUUCCUUCCAAGAAGAACGCGACCUAAUUUAUGACAAAUACACGCAGCUCUCCAGUGUCA